UUAAGCUGAACUUGUGUGUGGGACGUUUCAUUAAAACUAUCAGACCAAGACUAACGGCGUGAUGUCCACAACGAAAAGCGAGUGGUUUCAUUUUCAGAGGUCUAACUGCAACUACCUCGCUUUCUAAACCCUUACCGAGUAUAUAAAUCAUAAACAACACCCAAACCACCACACGAGGAUGAUCUGCGAGCUUUUGGAGACGUCUAGCCCUCAGUGAUGGCCAGCAAAAGCGCGGAAUGGCUACAGAUGGAGCUGGACUCCGGUUCCUUGCUCUUGUUGGACUGUCGACCCCACAGACUCUACCAGUCAGCCCGGAUAGAGACAGCCAUCAGCCUGGCCAUCCCCGGGAUCCUGCUGAAGAGGUUCAGGAAGGGGAACUUACCCAUCCGAGCCGUGAUCCCGAAUAAAGAGGACAGGGAGAAGUUCCUGAGGCGCUGCAGGACCGACACCGUGCUUCUGUAUGAUGAGUCCAGCGCGGAGCUCCAGCACAGCGGCUCUCUGCUCGCUCUGGUCCUCCAGAAGCUCUGGGAUGAUGGAUGUAAGGCGUUUUUCCUCGAAGGAGGCUUUGUCAAGUUCCAGACGGAGUAUCCUGAGCACUGUGAAACAUUUCUGCACACUUCCACUGCUGACUCCUCUCCGUCACUGCCAGUGCUCGGACUCGGUGGCCUCUGUCUCGGUUCGGACGGUUCUGAUGGAGAAUCGGAUCGAGACCCGUGCAGUUCCACUGAGUUUGAGGACAGCCCCUUGUGCAGCAACCAGCCGGCCUUUCCAGUCCAGAUCCUACCCUACCUUUACCUGGGCUGUGCCAAAGACGCAGCCAACCUGGAUGUGCUCGGCCAACACAACAUCAAGUACAUUCUGAAUGUGACCCCCAAUCUGCCCAAUGUGUUUGAGCAUGAUGGCCAUUUCAGGUACAAACAGAUCCCCAUUGUGGACCACUGGAGUCAAAAUCUGUGUCAGUUUUUUCCAGAGGCUAUAUCUUUCAUUGAUGAAGCUCGGUCCAAGCAGUGUGGCGUGCUGGUGCACUGUCUGGCAGGAAUCAGCCGCUCCGUGACCGUCACUGUGGCGUACCUCAUGCAGAAGCUCAACCUAACCCUCAACGACGCCUACGACUUUGUCAAACGGAAGAAAUCCAGCAUCUCCCCGAAUUUCAACUUCAUGGGGCAGCUAUUAGACUUUGAGAGGACACUGAGAGUAAGUAGCCCGCUUGAGGGUCAGCCGUCCAGCGGACAGUUCUACUUCAGUGCUCCGACUUCUGACGUUUUCCAGCUGGACAGACUAGAUAACUGAAGAUGAUGGUGAAUGCCUUCUUGAAUGGUUGAAAUUAGUGCUGUCAUUCCCAUUUGUAUUAGUAGUGGAUUAAUCUACUGAUUAUUUUGGUGAUUAAUCAAAGAAUCAAGACCAAAAAAUGACUUUACUGGACAGUUACAAAUUAUGCAUACUUUCUUAGAUUCCAAAGUACUUUAUUUAAAAAACACAGGAGGCCUUAAAAGACUUAAUAUGUAUACAGGUUUGAACAC